AAAGAGUUUUAAAUGUCCGCCAUGUUGUCCAUGGCGCGCUGAACCACCGAUAGGGAGCGGAGCGUCGGAAAAAAACAGUCCGAGAGCGAGCGACCAAGAUCCGGGCCUUCCCCCGGCUCCGCUGGCGACGCCCUAAAUCCGAGCUACAACCAUUCGAACGUUAGAGACUACCCGAACAGACACCAUCCAUGAAAGCUCCACUCGGUACCGUUGUGGAUAUCAGGAGAUCGGAUAGAUUUAUAUUUCAUCUCGAAUUGUGAAAAAAAAAAUGAGUAAAUUGUCGUUUCGGGCACGGGCGCUGGACGCUUCCAAGCCGCUACCCGUCUUCCGUUGUGAGGAUUUACCCGACCUACACGAGUAUGCAUCGAUUAACCGGGCCGUGCCGCAGAUGCCCACGGGGAUGGAGAAAGAGGAGGAAUCGGAACACCAUCUCCAGCGGGCGAUCUCGGCACAGCAGGUCUAUGGCGAGAAGCGGGACAACAUGGUCAUUCCGGUCCCAGAGGCGGAGAGCAACAUCACCUACUACGACUCCAUCUACCCUGGGGACUUCAAGAUGCCAAAGCAGCUGAUUCACAUACAGCCUUUCAGCUUGGACACAGAGCAGCCAGACUACGACCUGGACUCAGACGAUGAGGCUUUUGUCAACGAGCUGAAAAAGAAGAUGGACAUCAGCUACCUUCAGUUUGAAGAAAUGAUCGACCGGCUGGAGAAAGGCAGCGGACAGCAGCUUGUGAGUCUUCCUGAAGCCAAACUUCUGCUGAAGGAGGACGACGAGCUCAUCAAGGAGGUCUUUGACUACUGGAGCCGCAAGAGGAAAAGCAGCAAAGCUAACUCCCUCAUCCCCACCGUGAAGCAGGAGAAACGGGACGGCUCCAGCACCAGUGACCCCUACGUGGCCUUUCGACGACGCACCGAGAAGAUGCAGACAAGAAAGAACCGUAAGAACGAUGAGGCGUCCUACGAGAAGAUGCUGAAGCUCCGCAGGGAUCUGAGCCGAGCCGUCACCAUUCUGGAAAUGAUCAAGAGGAGGGAGAAGAGCAAGAGAGAGCUGCUGCACCUCACACUGGAGAUCUUUGAGAAGAGAAAUGUCAUGUCAGACUAUGGAGGAGAGGUGAUGGCAGAGGUUCUGGCUGAACGGGCGCUGGUAAGACCGCAGAUCAUUCCCCUGGUCCCUCUCACCAAUCAGUACCGGCACCCGGACCACAUGGACUCCAAAGACUACAAGUCCAAGCCUGAGAAGAUGGAGGUUCCACGGCAAAAGAGGAAGUAUGAGAAGAAGAAGGUGCUACCGUUGUCGUCAGGCGUCCCCCACCAUUCAGGCCCUGCUGUGUUUAACGCCAAGGACCUGAACCAGUACGACUUCCCCAGCUCAGACGAUGAGCCCUUCUCUCAGCUGCACUCGGGCUCUUCGGAAGCAGAGGAGGAAAACGACCCAGAUGGUGCCUACGCCUUUCGCAGGAAGGCGGGCUGCCAGUACUUCGCUGCUCGCCAGGAUCUGCUGGGGAGUUGGCCGUGGUGCGGCCCCCGGGAGGGCGGAUUGACAGGAGAUCGUUUUCGCUACAGUCUCACCACGCUCACUGUGCCACGCCGAUGCCUGGGCAUGGCUCGGCGACGCGUGGGCCGAGGCGGCAGGGUGUUACUGGACCGGGCGCACACGGACCACGACGUGUUGGGCGGACUGGAUCCAGAGACGGUCGACCUUCCGCUGUCCGCUUCUCCUCCUCCUUCAGCUACUUCACGCUCACUGGCCUCCGACAGGUUCGCCGGUACCUCAGAAACAAAUACCUCGAACAGAAGUCCCCCCUCUGACCCCCCGUCCUCUCCCUCCUCCACGGACCUCAGUCAGAUACUGUUGAAUAUAAAGUCGUGCCGAUGGAGGCACUUCAGACCACGGACACUACCACUACACGAGCUGGACAACGCCCACCCUCUGUUCAGGAGGAUCAGUCGUGGCGUGAAGCGCCCGCUCUCCGCCUCAGCCGGGGGACAGUCGAUGGGGCGGCAGCGCCCGGCGAGGCCUGUCCCCACACCCUCUGCUGCUUUCACAGCAGAUCAGUACCAGCAGCAUCAGGAACAGCUGGCCUUGAUGCACAAACAGCAGCUGGAGCAGAUCCAGCAGCAACGAGCCAAGAGACCUGCCAACAGCUCGCAGAGCCUGGCGAAAACGUUGGACCAGACCAGCGCUCAGUUUGCCGCCUCGGCCCUCAUCGCCGCCGAACAACUGCUGGCUCUGAAAACCAAGGACGAGCUGGCCCUGGGAGGCGGAGUCAAUGGCGUCCUCUCCUCAGGUGUCUACAAGAGCUUGCCGCUCUCGAGCACAGCGUCCCCGUCCCCCGCCGCCCCGGCUCCUCAAACCGCGAUCCCGACGUCCGCCUUGCUGCACCCCUGCUCCACCACCCUCUGCUCCGCCACCAGUAACAACAACGGCACCGCCCACCCCGCCAACGCCACUAACGCCACCUCCACUCAGGUCCUGUUGGGAAACAACAGCCUCCGUCUGGGAAUCCCCCCUGGGAAGCGCAUCCACGCUCCCCGGACGCUGGGCACCACCAUGUCGACAUCCGCCUUAAAGCUCGCCCACGCCGCCACCGCCAACUGUCAGAAGCCCAAGGUCGCCACGGCCUCGGCGUCUCCUCUGGACAUGGUGCCCAGGGAGAACCACGAACAAGACAAGCCAGCACUGAACAGUCUGUCAGAGAACACAGUGGCCAUGGAGGUCACGUAGCCCCCGCUGCUCGGCUCGGAGACGACGUGACUCAUCGUUGUUGCUUUUUUUAUUUUUUAGGUGCUAUGCAUCAUUUGUUAGUCGUGAAUGCAAGCGGUGGCUGAAUGAGCACGGCAAGGUUGGGUUUCCAUGGCAACUGUUUUGGGACUUAAUUGCAAUGCUCGUCUCGUACAAAAAAAUUCUUCCCCCCCCCCCCC